AUGUACCAAUCCUCACCCGAACAACACUUGCUGCCUCUACCCUCAACCAAUAUCCCCUCAUUGUCAAAUUCUGAACGUAACAUAAAUGUAGGGUCGAAUGGACUCUCUCAUGAAAACUCUGGCCCUGUUGUUGUUGGAGCAUCUGGGAUUCUUCAGUCGUAUUCUCGACAUCUGGGCCACAGACGCUGUCUCAGCUCCCAAGCCACUGAGGCGGUUGACGCACAGUUCAGCGCUGCUGACCUUAACACUGCUGAUUGUAAAGCUGAUGCUAAAUCUGUUGUAACUGAUGCCCCUUGUCGGGACUCAUCCUUUCAGAGAGCCUUUACUCCUGGUCCUGAUGAGGUGAGCGAAAGUAGCCUGGGAUCCAGCUUAAUUGGCCUUCCUCCGCCGUCCCGUGCAAGCCGGUCCGGAGCUCGUCUGCGACGUGACUACCCUGCAAACCGUACUCCUGGGUUAGCCCCUGCAUCCACUAAUCGCGCUUCGCUGAGUCCGUCGCGGCGAUCAGGGGCUGAUCUUGCUGAAGCUAUCGUAGCCGGUGACAGCACUGCAGUUCGGCAUACAUCGCUAGUUCAUGUAAAAUCUUCCGAAUCAUUGGCACUCGGAGUACAACUUCCAACUCCCAAACCAUUUUCACGCCGGUUGGCUAUACGUGCUUCUCCUGGAGCCGAGCGUGCCUCUGGCGAUGGUUCAAGUGGUCGUGGCACACCCGACGGCCUGCUUAGUUUAAUCUCAGGAAACGGGUCACAAGCACCAUCGGCUGGCUCCGGUAGCCUUAGCGCUGGAGCCGACUUCUUUUUGACUGUAAAAAGUGUAAGGUGUCGCUAA